AUGUCCAGACCAGGUAGUGGCUCACGCGGGGACAAUCGUUACGUUACCGCCACAGAUCUCAGCCGAAUACACGCUCCAUACGAAAUUAGCGUCAGGCACAUUUGGGAGCGUAUUCUACGCAGAACAAGUCGUCCAGUGGCCAUAAAAAUUGUUGAAGCAUUUGUAGCAAACACAGUUUUGUACAAUGGGGAGAAAACACCAAAAGAAGCAACAGUACUCCAAAAAAUUCCUUUGCAUCCGAAUAUCAUUACGCUCAUUGAUUGGGCAGCAGCAGAUAUUGCGAGAAGUACAGGGAAGCAAGGAUUAACGGAAAGUGAAGCGAGGAAAAUUAUGCGGCAAUUACUGUCGGCUUGUAAUCAUUUGGAGAAACAUGGCAUGUAUCACUCUGACUUAAAACUGGAUAACGUAGUCAUCGAUUCAAAUAGUAAUGUAAAAUUAAUCGAUUUUGGUCUAGCGGUCGAAGAAGAGCGAGGCCUUGGAAGAAAUGGGUCAAUCUUUCCCCCGGAAAUGUAUGACCACCGCAUGCCAUAUGAAUUAUCGACAGCACAAAUAUGGGUACUGGGAGCUAUUUUUUACCAACUUUUUGAAGCAACCAAUCCAUUCCAUGAAGAACGCAUAAAAUCCAAGGCAUUGGGGCCAGUUAUGUUUAGCAGAUAUAAUCGACCUUCGAACGAAUGCGUCCAAUUAAUGGAUUGGAUGUUAAAGGUGGAGCCUGACCAUCGCCCACAGACUGUGAAUAGAGUCAUUAGGCAUGGCUGGUUCAGUUGCGCUUGA